AUGACGGAUAUCCACCGCGGCUGGUCGUCGACGCCGUGGGAGCUGCGGGCUCAUCUUGCAGUACCCAUGUUUCACAAGCCUCGCGUUCCCUACACACGUCUGCCCAACAAUCUGCAACACGUCCAUGUUUGGAUCCCGGCCCAGUAUGCACCACGGGAACCGCAAUCCAAAGAGCCCUUGCCGUCGUGGCUCCCCCCUCCCGACACCCUCUGGAUCAUCUACAUCCACGGCGGUGCAUGGCGAGAUCCGCUCGAGACGGCAGACGACCUGGUGCCCACGCUCGAAAGCCUCUCCCCAGCCUUGUUCGCAUCCCGCGAGGCGCCGGUCGCAUUUGCCUCCAUCAGCUACUCUCUGUCUGCCUAUCCGCAGCACUCGACGCACCCGAGCUCACCGUCCGACCCCAGCCGCAAUGCCACUCACCCCAGGCACCUCCUCGACGUGCUGACUGCCAUUUCACAUCUCCAGAGAACCGCCGGCUUUGGGAGCAAUUACAUCCUGGCGGGACACAGCUGUGGUGCUACGUUGGCGUUUCAGGCCGUCGUGAACCCCGCGAGAUGGGGCACCGACAUGGACAGGGCGACUAUCGAGGCGCCGCAAACCGUUCUCGGGCUCAACGGGCUCUAUGAUAUGCCCAAGAUGGUGACGGAUCCCGGCCAUGGCUACAGUCAGUACCGCGAGCUUUACAGACAAUUUACGUCGAGCGCCUUUGGCCCUGACGAGCAUGUGUGGAGAGCCAUCAGCCCCGUCUACAUGGAGAAUUGGGCAGAGGAGUGGCCAGAGGGGAGACACGUGUUCGUUGUACAGAGCCGUGGCGAUACCCUGGUUCCAUUCUCGCAGGCAGAGGCGCUGGAAGCAAGCUUGUUGAAGUCCGGUGGUCGUCGGCUGCGUGUCCAGCUGCUUGAAGGGCGAGGUGAUCAUUACGACAUUGUGAAGCAGGGCAAAUUCUUUGCAGAGAUUCUGACUCGAUCGAUUGAUGUCUCGGGACUUUAG